AUGGUCGCCCUCGCACCUAUUGCGGACACCGUCCCAGAUGUAUAUUCGCAGAAUUCCACCCAUUCUGACAUGACUCAUUCCAACAAUGCCAAGACCGCCAAUCGCAGCCCGAUCGAUGUCUCCACCGAAGGCAUGGCGUCGAUUUCCGAAUCUGAGAAUGCCGAUCCCAAAUCGAUUACCGCAAACGGCAAUGGCUGUCCACAACACGCGCAAAAAGUUCUCAACCGCCAAGCUACGCUUACUUCUGUCCCUGUGAUCUUAGCACGCGGUCAAAAAAUGGCCGUCGAAAUUUUGAAGGUAAUCGAGACUUACGGCGUUGACUAUGAGACGAAUGGCGGUUCCUGGAAGGGGUUGGAAUCGUUCGUUUCUACGGUCGUCGAGCAGGUCAGGCGGCAGGAACCAAUUCGCAUGAUCUUGCCUGCUUUUCCAUUCAAGUCGCCCAAUGCGCGGGAUAAAGUACUGGGCACGUUGCCGGAUUUUGGUGAGGAGUUGGCGCUUUUCCACCUGAACGGGCUAUGCGAGAACAUCGCCCUGGUAUAUGAACCCGGCGCCGAUGUAUAUAUUAGUUCGGACGGACUGGUGUAUAAUGAUAUUCUUGGGGUGCCGGAUGAGACCGUCUGGGACUAUGGCGAGACCCUGCGACAGAUGGCGGUCGAGAAAGGCCUCCACCAUGUGAAAUUCAUUCGUUUAUUCGAGUUGUUGGAACAUCCUUGGUUCCAAAGCCACAGCCCAGAGGCCGCCAAAUCCUUCUAUCUAGAUCAUGCUAGCUGUCUCCGUCGCGAACUAAUGUUCGUCUUUGGCGACCCGACCUUUGACGCCGAUGAGGCGAUCAAGACGGACAACGACACCUGCCUGACGUAUCGCGGAUAUAUCAAGUUCCUGACCAAGGACCUUGCGCAUCAACAACCUGCACAGGCUCUUUCGAAACGCGCAAGACAGACUCAGAUCUCUCAGAUCGCGCGCCAGAUGAUCAUCCGCGGCAAGAUGUUUGCGGCCGCCAUUAAAGCCAAUCGGGGCGACUAUGUUCGAUUGUCCAUUCACGAGUCGGCCGGUGAGAAAAAGCUCUCAGUUUCCCUUAUUCCUCAAGCUCGAGGGGCUCUGGGAUUUACGCCCUGGCACGCCUCUGUGGCCAUCGGCUUAGACGGCUCAUAUCGCACUGUCCAUGCCGAGCAAGUCCGUGACACGCAUGAUCUGAUCUAUAAGAACGGGCAACCAUACUUCUUCCGUGAAAAAUCCCCCAUCUUUAAUUGGUCUGAAGACGGACUAUCUGUGAAGUUUGAGCAUUUAUAUCCUUGUGGAGUCAUCAUUCAGCCGGCCGAUAUCGACAAUCUCAAUCCGCGACCGGCAAUCCGCGACAUUCCUAUGCACAAAGUCCGGAAGAUUUCCAAUAUCAUGUCACCUGUGGUUCUACGUGGGUUUGCAGAGACCCUCGACGAAGAUUUAUAUAUCAAGGCCGGCUCUGAACUGGGUAAUAUUCUCCCGUGGAGCUUCGGUAUCAUUCAGAAAGUGCGCGACGCUGGUCGCUUGGAUAAGAUGGGCAAUAAUGUGACUUCGAAUGAGGCCAUGCCCAUGCAUUUUGACGGCAUGUUCAAGUUCGAAGAAGUCACUGACCUAGUGACUGGAGAAACGACGAAGGUGCAGCGACCACCAGGCUACCAGUUCUUUACCUGCCUAGCAACCGCCCCCAAGGGAAGCGGGUACACGUUGUUCGCCAGCUCGCGGCUGUUUUUCAGAUAUCUCCCGCAUCCAUGGACUGCAGAGCGGCUGCAGGACGUUACCUGGGCCAUGGAGAAUGACGGCUUCUGGGAUGCGAAGCUGGAGAAUCUCCCAUUGAUUGUGAAGCACCCCGUCUCCGGACUUCCUUGCCUGCGGUGGCAUCAGCCGUGGGACUCCGCCCAGACCAAGUUCUCUACUUGUGCCGUAAACAUUGAAAAUGAGGAUCAAAGCCUGGUCCAGGUUAUAGAUCGCGUCACAUACGACCACAGAGUGUGCCUCCGCUUCGAAUGGGAGAAAGGCGAUCUUCUGAUCAGCGAUAACACUGCCAUGCUGCACACCCGCACCGGAUAUAUAAGCGACUGUGAUCGAGAGCUGUGGCGCAUUCAUGUGGAUUAG